CACUGCUAACCACUACACCACAGCGGCCACAUCUUAUAUAUACAUUAUAUAUUAUUAUUAUUAUAUUACAAUUAUCUUCUGGGCUGCAUUCAUUUAGUCUAUGGAGUUGUGAGCGUAAGGAUUUCUACACUAAAAUCAGGAUCCCGAGGGCAACUCACGCUGACGGGAUGUUAGUUAUCUUGACCAUUUUGAAGGCAAUCUGCACGCAAAAGAAGAUCGCUGACAAUUCGGGUUUGUUGUAUAUUCAAUCCUACCGGCAUGGAGGAGCAACUACGGUUCGAUUCGUUGAGAAUGGCCAGCUGAGUCAGAAGCACUGCGAUGAAGCUGUGAAAAAUAAAGACUUCGGUGCAAAAUCAAAGUCUACCCAUGACUUGCGAGUUCCUGAUAUAGUGAGCGCUGCCAAUAUCAAUGCAAUUUGGUUGACUUGUAACUCUUCAUUCGAAAAGUCAUGGAACUAUGGCGAUCCCAGGUUAGCUUGAAGGCGCUCUGUCAUUUCACUAGGCGAAUCUAUGUACAGUUUGAGUCUUUCGCUACUGGUGUGCAAAAAAUAUGACAUUCGAGACGCAAUACAGUGAUUUCUGUGUUCUGAUGAGAUGUCAUAUUUUGCCUAAUUGGAGAAAAUUCAGCAAUAUUGAGUUCAUGAAGAAUAGCUUAGAAGAAAUGCAAAAUUAGCGCCCGAGUCAAGGAAACGAAUGGCUGAAUUAACCUUGGCUUACUUCAAAGAAAGGCGUCCUGCAUGUAAUGGGCCUAUGAGGCGGAAGUAUAAUUGUCAAUAUAAAACCGCUUGAUCAAAAUUUCGGCCGAUUCCGCAGUAAUGGAUUAGUCUAUCUAUGUAGCAUCUCGUUGCCUUGACCCGUAUCGCUAUACUGCUGGAUAAGCCCAAUGAAUAGCUACGCUUUCAGGAUAAAUUGGAAUAAGGUGGGC